CGUUCAGGCUCGUAUCACAGUUGAUUCUCUCAUUAGCGGACAGUGAAGGUUACCUGCUUCAACAGUGCUUGAACGGCAACCUUUCUACUGUCUUCAUAACACCGCCGGACGGGAAUAAUCUACUCGAUCACUAAUUUUGAACACCACCUUCGAAAUCAGAUCGUAAUUUCGUCAAAAUCAGUAGUUAUCUGCGUUAUCCCGAAAUCACUGAGCUAGCCAGCUAACUGUUUGUUUUGCUAACGGGGACAGCUUUUCCACCUCCUCACAAAGACCUGCCACUAAAAUCAGAACCAUGAGUUCCCAGGUGAGACAGAACUUCCACCAGGACUGUGAGGCCGCAGUCAACAGGCAGAUCAAUCUGGAGCUGUACGCCUCCUACGUCUACCUGUCUAUGGCAUACUACUUCGACCGGGAUGACCAGGCAUUGCACAACUUUGCCAAGUUCUUCCGUAAUCAGUCACAUGAGGAGCGUGAGCACGCAGAGAAGCUAAUGAAAGUGCAGAACCAGAGGGGUGGAAGGAUCUUCCUGCAAGACGUCAGGAAGCCAGAGAGGGAUGAGUGGGGCAGCGGGGUGGAGGCUCUUGAAUGUGCCCUGCAGCUUGAGAAGAGCGUCAACCAGUCACUGCUGGACUUACACAAGCUGUGCUCUGAUCACAAUGACCCACAUAUGUGUGAUUUCAUCGAGACGCACUACCUGGACGAGCAGGUGAAGUCCAUCAAAGAGCUGGCAGACUGGGUCACCAACCUGCGGCGCAUGGGUGCUCCUCAGAAUGGCAUGGCCGAGUACCUGUUCGACAAACAUACUCUGGGCAAAGAAAGCAGUUAAAUCCAUCCAGAUACAUUUAUAAAACACUCUAUAUAUGUAUAUCUGUACUUUGCUUCUGAAUGUUUUCACUAUAUUAAGCCAUCUGCAUGGUACUGGCACGUCAUUUAAACAUUAUAUCGCUUAGUGCCAUUUCCGCCUUGCUUUUAUGCUACGUUACAGUUACUUCUACAACCCCCUUGUUCCUGGAAUUGGCAUCUUUCAGAUUUAGUCCACUCUUGUAUCUUGCAUUUUUUCUGAUUUCAGCUGCCUUUACUAUGUAUUUGCUGUGUGUCAUGCCAGGAGCAGGUAUUCAAACCAAAUAAAUCAAACCCUCUGGAUUCUGA